UCAACAAAAUCCUUUCUCAUUUCCUUUUGCUCUUGAAACCUUAUCCCCUUCCAAAAACCAGUCUUAAAACUUUUACAUAAACACAUUCAACUCAAGAGUCUUUCAAAAAUGGCAAUGACAUUUGCCACCUCAUCAUCACCAUCCUUAACAUUCUCACAACCAAACAACAUUAAAAACUCAUCAUCAUCACUUGUGUUUGGUUUCUCAUCAUCAAAUCAUAUCAAUGUCUGCCGACCCAACAAAUUUCAAAUUCGUUGCUGUGAAAACAACACCCAACAACAACAACAACAGGUUACAGUACCAAAACGAAAUUUGGCUCCAGUUGAACAACGUUGGAUGUUUACUGACAAUGAUUUCACUGGACCGGAUGUCUGGAACAAGACAUGGUACCCCAAAGCAGAAGAUCAUGUCAAUACUGAAAAGACAUGGUAUGUAGUAGAUGCUAGUGACAAGAUUCUCGGCCGUAUGGCAUCAGCUAUUGCUGUUCACAUCCGUGGGAAGAAUUUAGCUACAUAUACUCCCAGUGUUGACAUGGGAGCAUUUGUAAUAGUGGUGAAUGCCGAGAAAGUGGCAGUCUCUGGAAAAAAGCGGACCCAGAAACUGUACCACAGGCAUUCGGGAAGACCAGGUGGGAUGACGGUAGAAACUUUUGAUCAGCUUCAACAGAGGAUUCCAGAGAGAAUAAUCGAGCAUGCAGUCCGUGGGAUGCUUCCUAAGGGAAGGCUUGGAAGAGACCUGUUUACCCACCUUAAGGUGUAUACAGGACCUGACCAUCCUCACCAGGCACAGAAGCCCAUCGAGUUGCCAAUCAGAGACAAGAGGAUACAGAAAAAGACCUAAAACCGUCGGUUUCUGAAUUAUCAUUUCAUGUUGUGCUUUAAAUUGUACAAGAAUAGUACGAGUAUAUUCCUCUUUUUUGCAAUUCCAAGAUUUUGGAGGGAUGAAAAAUUUAAUCUAAUGCCAGCUUUUUUUGCAUAA